AUGGCGGGCAAGCAAGCUCUGAAUGUAUACGGACAGCAGCUAGCGAAAUGCUCUGUCGAUCCCAAGCUUACUACUGGAUUUUACCGUGACGGCUUCUGUAACACCGGUCCGGAAGAUCGAGGCAAGCAUACCGUUGCUGCCAUCGUCUCGGAUGAGUGGCUCCAAUUCAGCAAGAAGAGAGGCAACGAUCUCACUCAGGCCUUUCCUCCUAUGUUCCCCGGACUCAAGGACGGCUGCCGGUGGUGUCUCUGCCAGGAUCGGUUCAAGGAAGCGCUAGAUGCCUUUCGCGAUCAGACAGAUGGAUCUCUCUCCGAACGAGUCGUUCCCAAAGUCGUCCUUGCUGCCACACACAAGAAAGCGCUAGAGACGAUCUCGCUGCCCGAUCUGGAGAUGUAUGCUAUCGACAAGCUCGUCCGCUCACUGCGACUGUCCGUCUCGCCCAUGGAGGUCGUCCGAUCACCGCACCAACUCGGACAUGUCUUGACGAGAUCACAGAUCGGUGUGCUCCUCGUGGGCAUGGUCGGCCUACUGCUCACCCUCGGUCUUGUCAUGUCCUGCUUGCGAGCCAGAGCUGCUUCCAGACUCAAGGACCUCGAAGCUUCGAGCGGUCAUGCUCUCUCGCGCACAAAGACUUGCGGUCUAGACGGCCCUGACAGGAUGACUUUCCGGCAACGACUUGGUUUCGGCAGACCUGUACAGGCGCAGGAGACGUACCAUGACGAUCUCAAAGCAUGGACAGAAGCGACCAAGCUACCCCGAUCGCUUUCUCGUGCUACUCAGCUCCAAGCUAGCUUUGUCCAACUCGAUCGACACAUGCAAGAGCGAGCAAGACAGAAAUCAGAUGACGAAUUGCUCGAUAUGGCGUCGGAUGUCGAUUCACCUCGUUUCGCUCCUGGCUUUGCACCCACACGAGCGUCUCAGGGCGAGUCAAUGCUCGAUCUCGGAUCGCCACCUCCCUAUCCCUUUCACUUUACUGCCGUCACCCGUCACGCGUCAAUGCAAGAUCUGUCGCAGCAUCAGACAAAGUCAAGUCGAAUGCACAAGAGUCGCUCGGAAGGAUCACUACAGCAUCCUGCUCGUCAGUCUCAAUUGUUCAUUACUGCUUCUGGCGGAAGAAAGUACUCGCAGUCUUCACAGCUCCAUCGCGGUACUCGUACCCUGCGUCAGUCUCUGGCCGGUGAGCCUCACAGUGGCAAAAAGGUCCAAUCGCAGGUCCACUACGCCGGCGGUGCACCCCUUCGACGUACACAAUCUGUCACUCGUGGCUUGUCAAGUCAGUCUGAUCCGUCAGAGCUUACGAACGAGCUUGCAACGUCGAUCAAGGCCUCGAAGAGCAUGGCAGAUCUCUCGCUCGGUCACCCCCGUCCUGUCGCUUCGCAUCGCCGCGUCAGUGGACAUCAUGUGCCCGCGGAGCCUGCGAACAUCCGCAAAAGUCGUUCUUGUCAAUCGCUUCGCAUGCCGCCUCGUUCACAGAGUGCAGGCUCGCACGCGCGUCUGUCCGCUUCUGUCAGUCCGACCCAUCUUCACUCAACUCAGGCUAGCUUUCUCACACCUACUAUCGAAGAGGACUAG